AUGUCUUUGGAAAAAGCAGCGUUAUACGAAAAAGCGGAAAUGCACAAUGAAUUUGUAGCUGAAAUGCGAAAAUUUGUGCAAGAAAGCGAGUCGGAACCUGGUGAUUCUCAGCAGAAGAUGUUAUCCAAUGCAUAUAAAAGCGUUGUGAGUAAAAUGCGAGCUUCCUGGAGAGCUGUUUCGGCUAUUGAAGAAAAAUUAGCACAAGAUGAGCCGAAGAAAGCCUUAGCCGGAAAAUAUCUUGCCGUUAUCGUUGAUGAACUAACUUUAAAAUGCCAAGAGCUGCUUGCACUGCUCGAGAACGAUUUAAUCCCGAAAUUAUCCAAACCUAAAGCAAAAGUUUUCUUUCUUAAAAUGAAGGGUGACCACUUACGCUAUCUUGUUGAAAUCGCUAGCGGUGAAGAAGAGAAUUUAGAAGAAUUGAAAUCGAAGUCCAAAGCUGCUUACACCGAAGCUGCUCAGCUUGCUGCAGAGAAUCUGAGUGCCACCGACCCGUUCCGAUUAGGUCUGGCCCUAAAUUUCUCUGUUUUUUAUUACGAAGUUGAGAAUUCGCAAGAGAAAGCAUACGAGAUGGCAAAGAAGGCGUUUGACGAAGCGAUGCCAAUUUUGGAUCAGUUGGAUGAUGAUGAAGCCGACGAUGUUACGACGAUCAUGCAAUUGUUGCGAGACAACUUGACAUUUUGGAGCGAGGAAAUUUAA